AUGGACACUCUUGCUUCUAGAAGGAGAAAGUCGAGCUCUGUGCCUCCUGGUGGGCUUAGUGGCGGUGCUACGGCAGCUGACACACCUGUCCCACUUGAAUCAGGAGAUGAGCUUGAGCCUUCGUACGAGGACCAAGAUGCAGCGGGAGCAGCCAACAGUCAGACUGGGAUUGAUGGUGAGGCCCCAGCCUCUUCGAAGCCUCUACCAAAUCCUUUUUGGUCUGAAAAGGCUACAGCAGAAUUUCAGUUGAACCAGUCCCGACCGCGCGACUUACCUAGCACUACUGAGAGAGAUGAUGAUGUGGACGUGCAUCCACCGUAUGACUUCUCUGAGCCAGCCAUGGCAUCUUCUGGGCAAAAUGCUGGGAAACUUGAUGAUAGAAGUGAGUCAAGACUCUUGCACCGGGGUCUCGGAGCGAGCUCUCCGGGAUCCAGUGGCAAGGCGUCGAUCCUGGAGCGUGGUGAGACGACUACGAAAGUGGAAGUCAGGAGCUAUGCCCUUCAGGUGACGGAAUCCCCGACGGGACCAACACAGCCGGACCAUCAAGGAGCUCAGUACUUCAUGAUUGGUUCGGAUGGGGGUGACACUCCGUUUCGCGAGCAGGAGUCUACAAAGGUUAGGAGUUUGGAUGGGGAGAUGUUCUCGCAAAGAGCUUCUACUGCAGGCAGAGCUUCUGACGUCAGGGACCCUAGCCAGGCUACCGUUGCAGCGCUCCUGCAACGGGUCAAGGACCUUGAAGAUGCGCUAGUGGCGGAAAGAAACUCAGGAGCUUCGGUGUCAAUGAAGUCCGCUGCUGGUCAGAAUACGGGAACCUCAGUGUCGAUGAAGUCGGCGGAGCUUCGGUACUCGCCUCAAUGGCAGCGCUGGCAUGAUCUUCCACAGCUCUCGGAGCUGAGAACUGAUGAGGCACCGAUUGCAGUGGGCGAUUGGAUAACAUUAGUGGGAGGAACUGCUGAGCGCGCGACACUGUUGAACUUCUUGACUCAGCCAGGGACUGCACAGAACCCGGCGGAAGCAUUGGAGAAAUUGAGGAAGUACUCAAGAUGGAGAUCGCGUGCGGAGCAGCUCAAGGUUUCCCUCCCCGAUCCUUCACUCCUGCUCAGGGCUGUUGAGAGCAUCGUGUCUGGAAUCGUGAGUUCGAGCACUUAUAGGGAGUUGGCUUUCAGGCUUAGUGUGCUGAAGCUUGAGCUCUCUUUAGAUCACGUGCCAACACAUGAGAAGGUUGAAAAGUUCAGGAGGCAGGUUCAUGCCGAGAUGGAGCUGCUCGCGGUGAGCGCUCAGGCGCUCUCUCAGGAAGAGAAGAGACAGCGGGUAAGGAGAGCCAAGGCCACUGAGGAGGAAGGAAAGGAGGAGAAGCCAGAACACAGGCUUAAGAAGGUUAGAUACUGCUUGCAUGCAGUGCUUACCGUUCCGGUGGUGGCAACAGACAUCCUCAAGCAGGAAUAUGAUUACGAGCCGUCGGACCCGGGUGAGGGGGAAAAGCAUGAUGCCUCUACUUUGCAGGUUGAGCCCUUCGGAGAGGAUGAUGCUGAGUUGAGCGUUAGUGUGAUGAAGCCUUCGCCCCCAAAUGUGCAUGAGGUCCCGGGUGCUUGGGAGUUUCCUGAAGAGGGUUUCGUCGAAGAUGAGCCUCCUAAAGGGGCUGGUGAUGGCGACGCCAUGACAGGUGAUGAAGGUGGUGAUGGCGAUGAUGGUGUGACAACCGGUGAAGUUCCUUUGAAGGAGGUGCAUAUGCAUGAGGUGCCUUACUUAGUCAUGCUGCCAGAUAAAAAGGCCAAGACCGUCACCAAUGCCUUGAAAGAAGUUCUAGCGGACAUCGCUUAUUGGGGGCUCCCGGUACGCAGAGUCCAUACUGACAAAGGAGCAGAGUUCACGAAUGCACAGUUUCGCCAGCUCCUAGCGGAUCAUCAGGUUCGUCGUACAACAACGGUUGGCUCGGACUUUAAGGCUAAUGGGCGCACUGAAGCCCACAUAGGGCGUGUCAAGGGGCUCACUCGCGCAUUGCUUGCGGCGGCGUCUGCUGAUGAUGCGGAUUGGGCUUUUGCUAUGCGGCACGCUGUCUUCAGUAUGAGGUCGCAGGUCUUUACAGUCUUGGGUUUUCCCCAGCGCGAACCGAUUCCGUUCUACACCAAGGUUUGGGUAAGAAAGAAGGAAUGGACUUUGCACUUGUGGGCGCCAAAGUGUAUAGAGGCCCGCGUUAUGGCUCCCUCUGAGUCCGCUCCAGGUGGUUACGUAGUGCGCCUUCAACCGAGCCACCCUUCCGAUCUUUGGGAUGGUCUCCAGGGUUACUUUGAAACCACGGCGUUGAUUCAAGGGGUAAGGGCUCAGGAACCUGUCUUUGAGGCAUCCGGUGAGGUUUCGGUGAUCCCACCUAGCGAGGUGCGCAAAGGGGUGCCGGUGACUGAGGAAUCAAGGAAGACUCCCGCCUCUUCUGGGCCGCCUGGUCCAUCGUCUCGUUUGCGUCGUAAAACUCCUGACCCCUUGUGCAUUGACCUCCCGCACGCUGUGCGAGCCCUUGCUGAUUCUCUCGAGGCUCUCUCUGAGGACUUGUUGCGUCGGGGAUUGUAUGAUAAUGCAUCGUGGUCUCAGGUGCUGCGCCUCUUGCCCCAUAAGUCAAUCCGCAGGGGUUUUAUGUCAGCCCUGGGGCCUGGGACUCAGUAUCGUAGCUUUGGGAUGUUCACGCACGGGGGAGUGCUUGGUGUGACGACGGCUAGUCGUCAGCUUCCGCACACGCAAAGGUACCUUUUGGCAGUGCUACAGCACUAUCACCCUCAGGCUACAUUCACUUCUUUUGUAGCGUCGGUGAAUUGCAGCGCCCCCAUCCACCGUGACUACUUCAAUGCUCCGGAUAGCUUGAACUAUGUUGUUGGCGGAGCCGAGCAUUUGCGUGGCGGGCUUUGGAUCGAGGUUAGUUCAGAGUUUGCUAGCACUGCCGCUCCAGGGGUUUUGCAAUUUCGAGAGGUUGCUCCGCGUCGGUGGCUGCCGGGAAUGAUGUGGGAUACGGUUGGUGCCUCGUUCUCGUUCUCACCGCACUGCUUUCAUGCCGGUGACUCGUGGUCUGGCGACAAAUACCUCCUUGUUGCGUUCACUCUCAAACGAUGUGUGAAGGCUCCUCUCCCGGUUGUGGCGGAGCUGACUUGCGCCGGCUUUCCGUUGCCUUCUUGCUGCCCUGUUGAGGCGGAGUCUGAUUUCAGCGAAGAGGCUUAUGGUUUGGAUGCGGUCCUCGAGGCGCGCUCUGAAGGCAUAGAAAACUUCCUUGCCUAUUAUCAGGUGCUGUCGGGACUGGGGGAGUCACCCUCUGCUUCUGAUGCCCAUGCUCCGGACCAUGAGCCACCACCGUUGCAAACGAAAACUGUGAGCCUCGAUCAGGUCAAACGCGAACUUCCUUUGUGGAAGCCAGCGAUAAGUGCCGAAUAUGACAGCCUCCGUGUAAAAGGAGUGCUAAGGCCGAUUUCGGAACAACAAAUUGCGGAAUGGCUUGCCCAGGGACGUGCGGUGCUGCGUCUGCCCUCAAAAGGAGUCUUCACUCGCAAGGCGGUGUCAGGCUUAAGGAAGGCUAGGUGCGUCGCAUGUGGAAAUCACGGGCCUUCAGCUGGUGGCUCCGCGUAUGAACAUCGUAUGCUCACAUAUGCCGGUGGAAUCGACGCGAGCGCACUAAGAUUGUCGUUGGCUUUCAUAUCCCAGCACCCCGACUGGGAUGUCUGGGUGACAGACGUCAAAACAGCUUUCUUAAACGCGAAGUUGUCCGAUGGUGUUGAUAGCAGUCUGGUCGAGUCAGGGACCGAGGAGCUGAUCGUCCUUGAUCCGCCCCGAGGCAUUGUCGGCCUUCUGGUCGUAUAUGUCGAUGACCUCAUGAUUGGAGGUGUUGCAAAGUAUGCAUCCGCAGUCCUCGCUGAAAUUCGCAACAUCUGGCAGUGCUCGGAGCCGGCCCAGGCACUUGCGGGUGAGCUUCUUUGGGUGUCUGGAAAGACAAGAGUAGACAUUGUCUAUGGGGUUGCGAGGGUAACAUCAUUGGUGAGUCGAUGUCCGGAGCUUGCUUUCAAGCUCGGUCUGCAUAUCCUUUGCUAUCUUAAAGGCACCAAGCGGGUCGCUCUGAAGUACCAGUGCGCCGCAGAUCAGCCUCCCCAUGGCAUGCAUAAUGAGCGUCGCGUCACGGCUCUUCCUUACCUGCUUGAAUCUUUCACUGAUGCUAGUUUCGCUCCAGCUGGUGACAGAAGCUUUGAAGCUGGCCUGGUUCAGGUCGGUCGCAAUCUAGUCUUCUGGGGUGCAGGUAAGCAGCCCUUCACAGCUCUCUCUACUGCUGAGUGUGAGCUGUUAGGGGUUCUUGAGGGUGUAGCGUUGACGGAGUCCCUUGAAGGGCUGGUGCAUGAGCUUCACCCAGAGGUUCAGCAGUUUCCAGCGUGUCAGGCUUUCUGCGAUAACCUUGCAUCCAUCUCAAUCGCUUCUUUUGAAAGUGGCAAUUGGCGCACGCGCCACCUGCGGGUUCGGUCUCAAGCCCUCCGGGAAAGGCUCCAGUCUGGAAAGUGGCACCUGUCGCACUUAAAAGGAGAACACAUGCUGGCAGAUAUUGCCACGAAAGUGCUGCCUUGGCAGGCGGUGGCGCUGCUUGUUGUCGGUUCGCUGCCUGUUCAGGCUCAGGGCAAGGGAGGAGUUGAAGGAUCGACGCAGGAUGACUGGUUCUUUAGCACACGACGCACUGAGCCAGUCGAAGAUGGCCUUGAGCAGCCAGAGCUUGAACCCAUUCCGCUUUCCGAGCAAAUCCCGCAGCCUAUAGUCAUUGCUGACUACGAUGAUGGUUGGUGGUGCUGUCCAACUCAUGUCGAGCGCACGGUGGAGCUUAUCGCAAGAUUCCUGGAGCGCCGUCGCAAAAGCUUGCACCGGCCAGUCUUUGAGCUCGUAGCCCUUCUCGAUGCGUCGCGCAAACGCGGCCAUUCUGGCAUUGCGGCGGAGUACAUCGGCAUCACUGACCUCGGACCUAUGCCAACCUGUGAUGCUGUGGAGAUGUCCAACAUGUGUGUUCCAGGCGCCGCUCGGGAUCGCGCUAGCGCUGAGGCGCUUUGGGCUCGCUUGGCCAAAUCUGGCAUUGCCCGGAUGCCAUCUGCGCGAGAGGUGGCCCAGCACUCAGCUUUCUUGAGCAUAAGCUGUGCCACAGCAUGUCAAUUCGAAAGUUCCGUUUCCAUCAACUUCGGGUGUUUGUUGUGCCGCUCAGGAAGCUCCGGUGGUGUACCGUCUGCAGCAUCCACGGGGGUCUUGUGUCUUAACGAGUGCACCAAUCAACCGUCUCGCAACGCACUUGCGACUUGUUUUUUUUCCCCGAGGUGGGAUAUCCGGCACCACUAUGGACACUCCGCUCACAUCGGCUUGCGGCUAGAAAAGAUCGACUUUAGUUGGACACUGCAGGUUCGAAGUUGUGCUCAGGCGUCAGCUACACUCAUCUCAUCAUGA